GUGUUUUGUUAGUUGCUAUUGUUUUUUGUAAUUUUUGUAAUCAAUGUGUAUACAUAUGGUUAAUUUUAAAUUAUAAUAUUGUUUCAAAAUAUUUGUCAUGUUGUUAUCAACGAACUAGAACUACUUUAUGUUGGAUCAUCAUUCUUGGUUAUACGUUUUUAUUUAAAAAUGACGAGAAAUAUUCAAGUAGAUAAACAAUUUAUGAGAAAAACACUUCAAACCCAUAAUAUUAAGCUUAUUAAGCUGAAUAUAAAGAACAAUCAAAAUGUCACACAUGAUCACAAUUAUCAUCGUAAAAAAAAAACAAAAUAUCAAUGGCCUGAUCGACAAAAAUAUAUAAAUCACGCAGAAAUAUUAAUAAAUGACUCCGAUGGAUGUGAUACUCAACCAGAUUGGUGUGCGAUUGAUGUUUCAAGUGAUGAAGAACCUGAUGAUAAUAUGCUUCUUUCUGAAAUAUUAACAAUGGAAUUAGAAAAAGACUUACUACAUGAGUACAGAAAUAAGAACUGUAAAUGUAAUUCGUCACAACAUGAUAAGAACCAAACAUAUGAAUAAUUAUGAUCACAACAUAAUUUUAAGAUAAAUUAUCAAUGGUACGAAAGGGAUACGGUGUAUAUUAUUUCAAAAUACAAAAUCAAAAUUCUGUCAAAAACAUAUUCAUAAAAUAAAAACAAUUUAAAUUAUCACUGAAUAGCAAAGAUUCUUGAACAUUUAUAGAUGGAGACUGGAGGUUAUAAUUAUAUG